ACCGGGAGUUCUGCCGCAUUCGUGCAACGCAUGAUUCAGAAUUUCUCAUGCAAGAACAAAGAAUAAAAUCAAAAAUUCAAAUCACAUAAUAAAAUAAGUUUUGAGCACAUAGGAAAUAGUCUGAAAUCUUGGGAAGAUAAGCUCAUAACUACAUAUCGUCACAUUAAAAGGAAUUGUCAAGCAUUUGUUUUUUAGUAUAAAACCUCUGACUGAGGAUGCAACCUAAUACCUGGAGCAGAGUUGGGUCUCGAGUGGCGAAAUUGGGACUGGAAAGCUGGGCGAAAAGUGACAUCCCACGUAAAUCAUCAGUAGCAAAUGUACUGUUCUCACGACCUGGGACCUUCACUAACAACCAGUCAGUCGAAUGUUUCAAGCAGCUACAUACGAGCGCAGGGGUUCUAAACACGAACCAAUUUGAGGCCAGAUCUCCAGCUGAAAGGACAUCUGGUACAGGUCCAAAAGGACAGCCAGCACCCAGUCGUGUGGAGAAAACUGUGAAUCACAUCACUCUGAUGGGUCGCGUGGGUGCAGAUCCUCAAAUGAGGGGAACAACAGAACAUCCUGUUGUCGUCUUCUCAAUGGCAACCCAUGCAAAUUACAACUACCAGAGUGGAGAAAUGUUGCAGAAAACGGAUUGGCAUAGAAUCUGCGUUUUUAAGCCAUAUUUGCGAGAUACUGUGUACAAAUACAUGACGAAGGGUCAACGGGUCUACAUCACUGGUCGAAUUUCAUAUGGAGAAAUUAACGACGAUCAAGGAAAGGCCCAUAUGACAACCAGCAUUAUUGCAGAUGAUGUGAUUUUCAUUACAGAUUCACGAAGCAAGCAAGCUCCUCCUACAGAUGCUUAGUGAAUAUUAUGUAGUGCCUACAUUACUAGCAUUUAAUUAGAUAUACGUAUGCUAUUAGUAGUAUUUGUCCUGCUUUUUAAUGCUGUCUUUUUGAGCACUUCCUAUUUUUCAUAAGCUCAGAAAACUUGCGCAGAAAAUGCAAAUAAAAAUCUUUUUCAACAA